ACUUUCCCAUUCCAUCAGUCAUUACAGCAAACGGUUUCGCUGUUCAAACAGGUCCUCCAUUUCAGAUCUAGCGUUAGGGUUUCCUCCUCCCACUCCGCCAUCGAGAUCAUCGACCACGCCCCCGCGAUCGAUGUCCUCCGCUUCUCGUUCUGUGGCGGGGUACGGUGCCAUUCCCACCGCAGCGCCCGCGCGGGCCCCCGGAGCACCCGCCUCCCGAACCGUCGAGAUGUUCUCCCGCGCCAAGGAGCGCGGUAGGGCCCUGGUGGCCACCCGGCGGCCGUGGCGCGAGCUGGCCGACCCCUCCGCCUUCUCCCGUCCCUACGGUUACCGCGACGCCAUGGCCCGCGUCCGCCGCAACCUCGCCUACUUCCGCGUCAACUACGCCCUCGCCGCCCUCGUCGUCCUCUUCUGCAGCCUCCUCUGGCACCCCAUAUCGAUGAUCGUCUUCCUCGCCGUCUUCGUCGCCUGGUUCUUCCUCUACUUCUUCCGCGACGAGCCGGUCGUGCUCGUCGGCCGCACCCUCGACGACCGCCUCGUGCUGGCUGCUCUCUCCCUGAUCACCGUGGUUGCUCUGGUGUUCACCCAUGUCGGAUUGAAUGUACUGGUCUCGCUUAUCAUUGCUGCUGUGCUCAUCGGGCUUCACGCGGCAUUCCGCAUCACGGAUGACCAAUUUCUCGAUGAACAGGAGGCGGCUGAUGAAGGCUUGAUUUCGUUUGCCGGCUCCUCAAUGGGGGAGGCUUAUGGCCGGGCGUGAUCCUACUCACUCCCCAUCGGAGACGGAUUUGUCCUCUAUUAUGCUGAGAUGAAAUUCCCAGGAAGCAUUUAUUGAUGCAAGGUUGUGACGGAUUCAUCCGAGAAUGCAUGAUCUUAUUGCUAAAUUGGAUCAUAUUGACUAUGCCCUGCAUCUUCACCUUUCUGGUAUCGAGAUCUCUUAGCACUUUUUUUUUUCUUCAAGUCAAGUUCUUGAUUCAUAUUGUCUGAUCUGAUAGUGUAGUAGAAAUCCUUGUAAAUGCUUAACUAGAGAAAAUAAACUAUUGAACUUGUGAACCGUGGGAAUGAAUCUUCAUUGAAGAAAGGUCGAGUUUGAAGGUGAGCCAAUCUUUGUAUUAUGUUUCUUGUUCAUUUCCUUUUCAGUGGUUAUGUAUGGACCUUAUUUGUGAUUUUCUA